UAUCGUAACAGCACCGUCGCUAUCCUAGUCUAAAAUCGCAUACGAAACAUACAGCUUGCAUUACCUCGAGUUCUCUUAACCCUAAUGGAAAUGUAAAUAUCUCACAAAAUCGCUUGCAAGGAGGAUGUGUACUACACGUACCGCGAGUUCGAGACGGCGCACAACAAACGAGAACGAAAGUGUGCGAGCGGUGGGCAAUGUUUGAGUUUUAAAAUAAAGGUUAAAAACACGUGGUGCGUGCAGCGGAAUGGUAACACUUGUUUCGACUUUUUAAAAAAUUUACAAGCUCUUGCAAAAUGGCAAAGUUAAAGAAAAGUGAUGACGGGAAAGGUUCGGAACAAAGUACGCAUUCUGAGGUUAAAAUGAAAAAGGAAUUGGCGUUAAUUGACGGUGUUGCGAUUAUCGUUGGGGUGAUUAUCGGUUCGGGGAUUUUUGUCUCUCCCAAAGGAGUGUUGCGAAAUUCGGGCUCGGUGGGACAGGCACUCAUCGUAUGGAUUCUCUCCGGAAUUUUAUCGAUGAUCGGCGCCUUAUGUUACGCUGAAUUAGGCACAAUGAUUCCCAAAUCCGGCGGCGACUACGCCUACAUAAGUGAAGCUUUCGGGCCUUUGCCUGCCUUCCUCUACCUCUGGGUUGCUCUUUUCAUCCUGGUUCCGACCGGAAACGCCAUAACGGCCAUAACAUUCGCCCAAUACAUCCUUCAGCCGCUUUGGGGUGCAUGUAAUCCACCGUAUGAAGCCGUGCGAUUACUCGCCGCCGCUGCCGUUUGUUUACUAACUUUAAUCAAUUGCUACAACGUCAAAUGGGUGACACGAGUCCAAGACAUUUUUACUGCCACCAAGAUAUUUGCUCUCUGUAUUAUCGUAGCAGCCGGAGCUUACUACUUAUGCAUUGGUCAUGUUGAACAUUUCAGGGAUCCCAUGGAAGGGACCGAAUGGGAACCAGGAUAUAUCGCAUUGGCCUUCUAUUCCGGCCUCUUUUCUUACUCAGGAUGGAAUUAUCUUAACUAUGUCACUGAAGAACUGAAGGAUCCUUAUAAGAAUCUUCCUAAAGCAAUCUGUAUUUCGAUGCCGGUAGUCACCAUCAUUUAUGUUGUAACAAACCUUGCUUACUUUGUUGUGCUCAGUAGAGAUGAUAUUCUCGCAUCAGACGCAGUUGCUGUAACGUUUGGUGAUAAGUUACUGGGAGCGUUUUCGUUUCUCAUUCCAUUUUUUGUGGCCUGCUCGACUUUUGGUUCUUUGAACGGUGCUAUAUUUGCAUCAUCACGACUUUUCUUCGUCGGUGCUCGUGCUGGACACCUUCCCCGAGCUAUAGCACUGAUUGAUGUGAAAAGACUGACACCAGUUCCAUCUCUAAUUUUUAUGUGCAUCAUCACUCUAGCCCUCGUAAUGAUCGAAGACGUCUACGUCCUUAUUAAUUAUGUUUCGUUCGUUGAGGCACUAUUCAUUACGAUUAGUGUGACGGGAUUGCUGUAUAUGCGAUGGAAGAGGCCGAAUAUGAAUCGACCAAUUAAGAUUAGCUUUAUUCUUCCUAUCAUAUUUUUGUUAAUUUGUGGCUUUCUUGUUAUUUUUCCUUGUUACGUUAGUCCUGUGGAAGUUGGGGUAGGUUUAGGCUUCAUUUUGUGUGGAAUUCCAGUUUAUUUAGUUACUAUUGCGUGGAAAAAUAAACCAGAUUGGUUGAAUAAAAUUUUCAACGACUUUAACAACGGUUGCGCUAAACUUUUUCUUUGUGUAACGGAAUAUGAAGACAAAGAGUCCUAGAAAUAGACAUGUGAUAUGUAAAAUGAUCUAAUAGUAUUAGUUUGUUUUCGAAUGCUUUGACACAAGAAAUAUUUAUUUGUAUUUAUAUUACUUAUUCAUUAAACAUGUUUUGUAAAA